AUGUCCGACUCGCAGGCUAAGUUGACCUUCGCUCGCUACCGUCCUCUCGUUUACCUUCUCUCCGGUGUUGCUGCGGCGUAUGCGCUCGUUCUUCUUCGAAACCAUCUCUUCUCGUCUUCCCCGUCACAAUCCUCUCUUCGCCGGCGGAAAGCCGUCCGUCGUCAAAGAAGAAAUGAGCCGGAAGAGUUUGCAGCUGCCGACACGCCGUCGGCUCUAGCCAUCGCCCACUUGGAGCUACUAGAACGCCAGAACGGAGUAUACGGGACUUUUCGGAUAGAAACUGAAGAUGGUCGACGGGUCGAGAGCGGGUUGCUUCCCUCGCUGCUUGCGACGCGAGAUCAGCUCAUGGAUGAGGUUGGUGUUCCGGAGGCCCAUGCGGAACGGAUGCGCGAGAUGAUGGAGGAUACUUUCUUGGAAUCGUUCUUCGCCUUGGAUUUCCCACCAACGCACGUAAUAGAGGAAGGGAGUGCGGAGAGGGAAUACCUAAUGGAUCAGCUCCAGCGUCGUGGUAUCUCACAGGCCGGGAUCGAGAGGGUAGUCGCUCGCUUCAAUGCGGACAGUAACUACGGAGAGGAACUGCGCCGGCGACGCCAGAACGGAGAGCGAGUAACGUUAUCGACAUCGACUUUUGCAGAUGAAACCCAGCAAACCCAAAUAAUGGAUGGUGGUGAGACCGUGGUCGAUGACCAGAGUGUAUUCUCGUGGAGGGAAGGGAACAACGAUACCACCCAGGGGCGCGAAGGCCAGAACCUGCUCAACCUCCUCUAUCAUAUCGCGGAAGAUCAAGCAAGAAAAGACGGCUACAUUCACCGAGGCGUCACUUGCAACAGCUGCGGAGCUAUGCCUAUUCAAGGGAUCCGUUACCGGUGCGCCAACUGCAUCGAUUACGACCUCUGUGAGACAUGUGAGGCGAUGCAAGUACAUAUCAAGACACAUCUGUUCUACAAAGUCCGGAUACCGGCGCCCUUCCUAGGAAAUCCUCGGCAGUCCCAGCCCGUCUGGUAUCCCGGAAAACCUUCGAUGCUUCCGCGCACUCUACCUCGCUCACUAGCAAAACGUUUGAUGAAGGAAACCAGCUUUGAGGGGACUGAAUUAGAAGCUCUUUGGGAUCAGUUUCGCUGUCUGGCGAACCGUGAAUGGGCUGAGGAUCCGAACAAACUCUACAUGGCUAUCGAUCGGAAAACCUUCGAUCGCUGCUUCGUUCCUAAUACAUCCGUCCGCCCACCACCUCCGAGCCUGAUUUAUGAUCGUAUGUUUGCGUUUUACGACACGAACAACGACGGGCUUAUUGGUUUUGAGGAGUUCCUGAAAGGCCUUGCGAGUUUAAACAACAAGAGCAACGAUGAGAGACUGCGUCGUGUCUUUCGUGGAUACGAUAUUGAUGGGGAUGGCUACGUGGAACGCAAGGAUUUUCUACGCGUGUUCCGGGCUUACUAUACCCUCAGCCGAGAGCUCACCCGAGAUAUGGUUGCCGGUAUGGAGGACGAUUUUUUGGAAGGUGGCGCACGCGAUGUGGUGCUUGGAAGUCAACCCAUCAGUUCUGCCUUCCCUGGAAGCAUCCCUUCUGGAGAAUCCUCAAGGACAGGAGAGGGUAAACGCGUCAACCAGGAUGGGGAUAUGGAGAUUGUGGACAAUGAGGGCGUACUCCGCCCUGACGGCGCUGAUACAGGAGACCGCCACUCAGUUGUUGGUGAAGCUGCCGUUCGACACCAGUUUGGGCGCUCGCAACCUCUUAUUCCUGUCACUGUGCGUGUAGGUCCCUCUGCAUCAAACACGGCGGAAGCGUCUGGCAGCCGCAGGAGAGGAAGUGCCAGGGAUGAAAACGAACACGAAGAUGACAAUGACAAUGAGACGGACAGUUCAUCCGCUGAAAGUGACCGUUGGCCGCCUCCUGAACACAUUACAUCGACGGAUAUAGUCGCCGCGCUGGGAUCUUAUGUGCCCCUCCAGGAUGUUACCGACCCGGAUGACAGGGCUCGGAUUGGAACUGCCGUGUAUAAUCGGAUGUGUGAUAGCGAUCAACGACGGGUCGACUCUGCUCGGAGACAGGGCAUAGAUGAGCGGUGGCGCCGAAGAGCAUUUUAUACUGAUGAAGAGGACGGCGGUACUGCUCCUGAUGGUUACCAGACAGAUUCGGAUGGGGAUGAGGGCGAAGAAGAAGAUGGAGCAGAGCCAGAGUACGAGUCACAGCCACCUUCUCCACGUUCCCGGUCAUCUUCAAAGGUACGCUUCCAGGACGACCUGACCGACGUCGACGACUACGAAGACGUAAGAUCCAAUCCAUCAACAUCGUCACGGAGCAUUCUAGUCGGAGAGAGAUGGGGAGGGUUCGAAGUGCCGGAGGUUGAGAGGGAUGUGGGCAAAGAGAUCUUGUACCAAGUAACCCAACAAGGGUUCAACGAGAUUCUUGACAUCAUCUUCAAGCCAAAGGAAGAUCUUCUGAUGGAGUGUUUUCGCACACGCACUGAGCGCAAAAUCUGGGCGCGGGAGAUUGAGCUGGCUGAACAGUUAGAAGGCGAGGAGGCCGACCAGGACAUGGAGGACCCCGGCGAGGCUGAAGAGCUGUCUCGGUAUAGGGAACGGCCACUAAAUGAGUUACUCGAACGCUCGGGAUAUUCUGUCAGCAAUCCCACUCGUGAAACCGGUGAAGACAGCCCAACUCUGCCACCACCCCGCGAGCUCAGACUACCAGUUCACAACGUCGACAACAGCGACGCUGAAGACAACGAGAGUGUCCGCCCAACCCACCUCGCCAACCCUGAAGAACCCCAAAAUACCACGUCCCACCCCAUCUUAGAGCCGCAAGACAACCUAGUCCUUUCACCGACACCGCACCAUCACACUCCUCCAGUCGCGAACGAAGCCGCCGUAAACUCCUUGGACCACGAUUCCGACUCCCACUACGACCCUACCCUCCCACACCAUCGUCCCAACGACUCCGACCUCGACGUGGACGCUUCUUUCCCCUCGACUCUCCCCUCUUCCAUCCUCCUUCACCCCAACACCGCAUCAUCCACCUUCCCAGCACCCCCAUCUCUUACUCCCUCCUCUCCCGACGCCGAAGCCACAGCACCCAAGCGCACACCCUCACCUAUUCAACCCCUCCCACCCCCGUCACCAUCUCGUUCUAGGUCCAUAUCGCCAAUCCUCCACCCCAAGCGUCAGGGUCCCACCACGCCUCCUCCCCCUGCAACUCUCUCACGCUGGGCAUAUUUAAACCGCGUCGAGGCUGAAGCAAAAGAACGGGGCGGGACAGGCGCGAAGUUGAAUUUUGAGGAGUUUUCGAGGCGUAUGGCGGCUGAUCGAGGACGAAGAUUGGCGUUUGUGGCGAGUUGGAUUGAGAUGGCGAGUUUCUAA